AUGAAAUUGCUGGAUAUUUGUGUCUGUUGCCAUUUUGAUUUAGGCAUAAAAGUUUGUGCUGGCACUGAGAACAAGCUCAGCUCUCUGUCUGAUCUUGAGCAACAGUAUCGUGCGAUGCGCAAGUACUAUGAAAACUGUGAAGUGGUAAUGGGAAACCUAGAAAUCACCAGCAUUGAACAUAGCCGAGAUCUCUCCUUUUUACGGUCUAUCCGAGAAGUCACGGGCUACGUCUUGGUCGCUUUGAAUCAAUUUGAGUACCUUCCACUGGAGAAUCUGCGCAUCAUUCGUGGAACAAAACUCUAUGAGGAUCGUUCUGCAUUGGCCAUCUUCCUUAACUACAAAAAGGACGGGACCUUUGGACUAAGGCGGCUUGGACUGAAGAAUUUGACUGAAAUCUUAAAUGGAGGAGUGUAUGUUGGUCAGAACAGAUUUCUUUGCUAUGCUGACACUAUUCAGUGGGAAGAUAUUGUUCGUAACCCCUUGGCUUCCAACUUCUCUGUGGUUCCAAAAAACAGCAGUACAGAUUGUGGACGAUGUCACAAGUCCUGUGGAAACCGAUGUUGGGGACCUUCAGCAGAUCAAUGCCAGAGCUUGACAAAGAUGGUGUGCGCUGAGCAGUGCGAUGGGCGGUGCUACGGGCGCUCCGUCAGUGAAUGCUGCCACCGGGAAUGUGCAGGAGGCUGUUCCGGACCGAAAGACACGGAUUGUUUCGCUUGUAUGAAUUUUAAUGACAGUGGUGCUUGUGUCACCCAGUGUCCUCAGACCUCGGUCUACAAUCCUGCCACCUUCCAGAUGGAAAAUAACCGAGAUGGCAAAUACACCUAUGGUGCUUUUUGUGUCAAGAAGUGCCCACAUAACUUUGUGGUUGAUAUCAGUUCUUGUGUACGUGCCUGUCCCAGUCCUAAGAUGGAAGUUGAAGAAAAUGGUAUCAAGACAUGUAAACCAUGCACCGACAUUUGCCCUAAAGCAUGUGAUGGCAUAGGUACAGGAAGUUUGAUGUAUGCUCAGACCGUAGACUCCAGUAACAUUGACAAAUUUGUCAACUGCACCAAGAUCAAUGGGAACCUGAUCUUCCUCGUCACUGGGAUCCAUGGGGAUCCUUAUCACACCAUUGAAGCAAUUGACCCACAGAAUUUAAAUGUCUUCCAAACAGUGAGAGAGAUAACAGGGUUCCUGAAUAUACAAUCAUGGCCUGAAAACAUGACAGACUUCAGUGUGUUUUCUAACCUGGUUACCAUAGGUGGAAGAGCAUUAUACAGUGGUCUUUCUUUGCUUAUUCUCAAGCAGCAGGGAAUAAGAUCUCUACAAUUCCAGUCCCUGAAGCAUAUCAGUGCUGGCAACAUCUACAUAACAGAUAAUAGUAACUUGUGCUACUAUCACACCAUCAACUGGACCAGUCUCUUCAGCACUCCCAACCAAAAGACUGUGAUUCACAGAAAUAAGAAGGUUGACAACUGCACUGCAGAGGGGAUGGAGUGCAGUCCACUAUGCUCAAAGAAUGGAUGCUGGGGCCCAGGACCAGACCAAUGUUUGUCCUGUAAGCACUUCAUCAGAGGAAGGACCUGUGUAAAGGCUUGUAACCUUUAUGAUGGGGAAUACAGGGAGUUCACAAAUGGUUCUGUCUGCGUGGAAUGUGACCCUCAGUGUGAGAAGAUGGAUAACAACAGGAUCACAUGUAGGGGUCCGGGAGCAGAUCAUUGCACCAAAUGCUUCCAUUUCAAAGAUGGACCCAACUGUGUGGAAAAGUGCCCUGAUGGAGUACAAGGGACUAACAGCUUCAUUUUUAAAUAUGCCGAUGAGAACCGCGAAUGCCACUCUUGUCAUCCAAACUGCACCCAAGGGUGUAGAGGCCCCACUAGUCAUGACUGCAUUUACUAUCCGUGGACGCGCCAGUCCACUUUGCUACAACACGCUAGGACCCCCCUGAUUGCUGCUGGAGUGAUUGGCGGAAUCUUCAUCAUCGUCAUUUUGGGCUUGACGUUUGCAGUUUAUGUGAGACGCAAGAGCAUCAAAAAAAAGAGGGCCUUACGACGGUUCCUGGAGACUGAGCUGGUGGAACCUUUGACCCCUAGUGGCACAGCACCCAACCAAGCACAACUCCGCAUUCUGAAGGAAACUGAACUAAAGCGGGUCAAGGUCCUUGGUUCUGGAGCCUUUGGAACUGUAUAUAAGGGUGUUUGGGUUCCUGAGGGAGAGAGUGUGAAGAUUCCUGUGGCUAUUAAAAUCCUGAAUGAGACAACUGGUCCAAAAGCCAAUGUGGAGUUCAUGGAUGAAGCUCUUAUAAUGGCAAGCAUGGAUCAUCCGCACCUGGUACGAUUACUAGGAGUCUGUUUAAGCCCAACCAUCCAGCUCGUCACUCAGCUGAUGCCCCAUGGCUGCUUACUGGAUUAUGUUCAUGAACAUAAGGAUAACAUUGGCUCCCAGCUUCUACUAAAUUGGUGUGUCCAGAUAGCCAAGGGUAUGAUGUACCUGGAAGAGAGGCGGUUGGUUCAUCGAGAUUUGGCAGCCCGGAAUGUCCUGGUGAAAUCACCAAAUCAUGUGAAAAUCACAGACUUCGGCCUGGCUCGGCUACUGGAAGGCGACGAGAAAGAGUACAGUGCUGAUGGUGGGAAGAUGCCAAUUAAAUGGAUGGCUCUUGAGUGUAUACAUUACCGAAAAUUCACACAUCAGACCGAUGUUUGGAGCUAUGGUGUCACCAUUUGGGAGCUGAUGACUUUUGGUGGAAAGCCGUAUGAUGGAAUCCCAACGAGAGAGAUCCCUGACUUGUUAGAGAAAGGGGAACGCUUGCCACAGCCUCCUAUCUGCACCAUUGAUGUUUACAUGGUGAUGGUGAAAUGUUGGAUGAUUGAUGCUGAUAGUCGGCCUAAGUUCAAGGAGCUGGCUGCCGAAUUUUCUAGAAUGGCUCGAGAUCCUCAGAGAUACCUGGUCAUUCAGGGUGAUGAUCGUAUGAAGCUCCCAAGCCCAAAUGACAGCAAGUUUUUCCAGAAUCUGCUGGAUGAGGGAGAUCUGGAAGACAUGAUGGAUGCUGAAGAAUACCUGGUUCCUCAGGCAUUUAACAUUCCUCCACCCAUCUAUACGUCCAGGGCAAGAAUGGACUCCAACAGGAGUGAAAUUGGACACAGCCCUCCUCCUGCCUACACCCCUAUGUCAGGAAACCAGUUUAUCUACAGAGAUGGCAGCUUGGCCAUAGAACAAGGAGUCCUUUUGCCAUACCGAGCUGCCAUACCAAGUAUAGCGCCAGAACCUCCAAUCAUGCAAGGGGCGGCAGAGAUCUGUGACGAUACCUGCUGCAAUGGCACUUUACGGAAACAAGUGGCCAGUCUUUCACAGGAAGACAGCAUCACUCAGAGGUACAGCGCUGACCCAACAGCGUUUCUACCAGAGCGAGGACCGAGAAAUGAGCUGGAUGAAGACGGGUACAUGACUCCAAUGCCAGAAAAAUCCAAAACAGAUCACCUGAACCCAGUGGAGGAGAAUCCGUUUGUGUCUCGGAGGAAGAAUGGUGAUCUCCAAGCACUGGACAACCCAGAGUAUCACAACAGCCAAAAUGGGCAACCCAAAGCAGAGGAUGAGUAUGUGAACGAGCCCUUGUACCUCAACACCUUUGCAAGCACCUUUGAGAAUUCAGAGUACCUGAAGAAAAAUGGGCUCCCAUUGCCAGAGAAGCCCAAGAAGGCAUUUGACAACCCAGGUUAUUGGAAUCACAGCCUGCCUCCACGAAGUACCCUACAGCACCCGGACUACCUGCAGGAAUACAGCACAAAAUAUUUUUACAAACAAAAUGGAAGGAUCCGGCCCAUUGUGGCAGAGAACCCCGAAUACCUCUCCGAGUUCUCCCUGAAGCCCGGCACUAUGCUGCCUCCUCCACCCUACAGACACCGAAACACAGUGGUGUAAUCCUACAAAAGUUCAAGAAAUGGGGGACCCAUACCAGCACUCUCCUUUCUCCCUCCCUUCCCCUCUCCCCUCCCCCCCUCUCCUGUUCUUCCUUUCUCUCCUCCUUUUCU